AUGGAGCCAAAUGUAAAUAUUAUGGAACGACAAGGAAGUUGCCUGCUUCUACGAUCUGCUAGUCAAAAUUCCUUGGAUGAAAGUUCUCAAAAACAUAUCUCCCAAAUUCAUCCUCAUACAAAGGAAAGGCCACCCUACAGGAACCACCUGCACACUCAAAAGGCUUUCGAUGUUAUGAAUGUUAUGAGGAAGCAAAAGUUGCUAUGCGAUGUAGUUUUAGUAGCAGGUGAUGCAGAGAUAGCAGCACACAAAAUGGUACUGGCUGCCUGCUCUUCUUACUUCUAUGCAAUGUUUUCUAGUUUUGAAGAAAGCCGACAAGAUAGAAUAGUUUUACAAGAAGUUGAUCAACAAGCACUAAUGCUGUUAAUAGAAUACAUUUAUACUUCUGAAGUUAGUGUUACAGAGGACAAUGUUCAAGUAUUAUUACCAGCAGCUAAUUUGUUGCAACUAACAGAUGUUAGAGAUGCCUGUUGUGAUUUUUUACAAGCUCAGCUACAUCCUACUAAUUGUUUAGGCAUUAGAGCAUUUGCGGAUUUGCAUGGGUGUUUAGAGUUACUCUCCCAUGCUGAAUCUUAUAUUGAACUUCAUUUCUCAGAGGUUGUAGAGUGUGAAGAAUUUUUAACACUCUCGCAUCUUCAAGUAUCCAAACUAAUAAGUAGUGAUAGACUGACAGUACCUUCUGAAGAAAAAGUUUUCGAAUGUGUAGUAGCUUGGGUACAAAACGAUUUAGACAAUAGAAGAAAGCAUCUUUCAUCACUUAUGGAAUAUGUAAGGUUACCGCUUAUGUCUCAAGAAUACUUAGUUCAGAGAGUAGAAGAGGAACCAUUGCUAAAAACAGAUCUGCAGUGUCUACCGAAGGUCCUGUUAGUAGUCGGCGGCCAAGCUCCCAAAGCAAUCCGCAGCGUCGAGAGUUACGACUUCAAAGAGGAAAGAUGGUACCAAGUAGCUGAGAUGCCCACUCGUCGAUGUAGAGCUGGUUUAGCUGUUUUAGGCGGCAAAGUAUACGCUGUCGGUGGUUUCAACGGUUCUCUUAGGGUGAAAACAGUGGACGUAUAUGAUCCUGCGCUGGACGUAUGGACAAGUUGCGAGAGCAUGGAAGCUAGAAGAUCUACCCUUGGUGUGUCUGUACUCAAUAACUGCAUCUAUGCUGUGGGAGGAUUUGACGGUUCUACAGGGUUAAAUAGCGCCGAAAUGUUUGAUCCACAAACAGGUAUAUCUUUAUUAAAAAUCAUAAUUGUAAUUGCUUGA